AUGGAACACCAACCGAACAAUGGCGUCAGUGACGGUAGCGCAGCACCCAUACCCGCCACCAACGGCGGCACAGCUGGACUGAAUCCCGAGCUCGCUGCACCAGAUGCCAUGGCAGCAGCCAUGAUGAUGUCCGGCCAGGCCUUCAUCCCAGAUCCCUCUCUCGGCACUACUGCCAUCUCAGAUCCGUCAAUCAUGGCUACCAUGAUGUUCAGCAAUGGUCAUGCUGCUGCCGGCCUCGCGCUGCCAGACAAGGCUAUCACAGCAGAUGAAAUCGCCCUCUAUGAUCGACAGAUCCGCCUCUGGGGCAUGGCCGCCCAGGCCAAAAUCCAAAACGCAAACAUCCUCCUCAUCACCAUCAGAGCUCUGGCCAACGAGAUAGCCAAGAACCUCGUGCUCGCCGGCGUCGGCUCUCUCACCGUCCUCGAUAGCGCCAUCGUCACCGAGGCCGACCUAGGCGCGCAGUUCCUCCUCUCCGAGGUGGAAAAUCCCGUUGGCCAGAACCGCGCCGAGGCUGCCAGCGUGGCCCUGCGCAAGCUGAACCCGCGUGUCCAGGUCGUCGUCGACCCGGAAGGAGUCAAGUCCAAGGGCCCGAGCUACUUCGCCAACUUCGACAUCAUCAUUGCGACGGAUCUGGACCCCGAUUCAUUCAAUCUCAUCAACACGGCGACGCGCAUCAACGGCAAGGCCUUCUACGCGGCGGGCACGCAUGGCAUGUAUGGCUUCAUAUUCAGCGAUCUGAUAGAGCACGACUACGUCAUUGAGCGCGACCUAGGAAACGUUGCCACCGAACUCAAGCAAGAGACGCGUACACGCUCCAUUGUCGACGUCAAAACCAAAAAGGAAGGCCCCAAGGUCAUCGAAUCCGUCACCAAGCGAGAGCUCUACUCGACCUGGUUCCUCGCCAGCGAUGUCGCCAGCCUGCCGGAAGAGUACACAAAGUCAAAGCGCCGCCUAAAGAGCGUCACCCCGACGCUGUCCUGCCUGCGCGCCCUGUGGGAGUUUAUGCAGAUCCAGGGCGGCCGCCUGCCCAGCAAUCGCGAAGACCUUAAGCUGUUCACUCAGAUUGCCACGCAGAAGCACAAGGCCCUGAGCCUCCCCAGCGAAACGCUCAAGCCGGAAUUCCUCCGCAGCUUCCUGCAGAAUCUAGGCAGCGAGAUUGCCCCCGUCACGGCCAUUCUGGGUGGCCAGCUGGCGCAGGACGUCAUCAACGUCCUCGGCCAGAAGCAGCAGCCUAUUCAAAACAUGGUCAUCUUCGACGGCACUACCAUGGAGGCGCUCAUGUAUCCCUUGCACCCGGAGGGCAUCCUCGGUACCAAUCUUCUCUCUCUAGGCGGAGGCGUCGAUCCAUUGAUCCCCAACGGAGGCAUGAUGUUACCACCGGACAUGUCCGUCGCCCUUGGCGGCAACAUGGUCAUCCCGCCGCUAGACCCCAGUGCUCUGGCUGCUCACCCGCAUGGCAUGCCCAUGGGCGAUUUACCCGCAGUAACAAAUGCUCAUUUGCAGGCACAGCCUAUUGCUGCUACCCAAGCCCCUAACAUGUCCGUGCCAGAAGCUGUGCCCGCGCCUCCCGCGCCUCCCGCACCUCCGACUACUACACAACCUCAGCAGCAAGCCGGUGCCAGUGCCAGCUCCGAUAUCCCCACAGAAGCACCAAGUCAGGAUGCUCCUGCAAGUUGA